AUGGGUACUCCUUCAUCCUCUCGUCCUCCCUCUCCAUCGCCACUCCGGACUGACAUGCCUCUACCCGGGCUGGGCUACUUCUCUGUGCCGUUCGAACGAUUUGCGCGCGAUGAAAUUUCCGACUGGGCAAGCGGAUUUACUCUGCUUGAUACCCUGGAAACAUAUUUCGAUUCACGACUAGAUCUCCUACAGCGGCGCCUGGCAAAGCAGAGCGAGCGACUGAAGACGCGGGCGGAGGAGACUCUCACUGAACUCAAGAAAGAUCUUUUCAGGAGGAGAUCUUCCGCAAGCACAAGUCAGCAGUUCGAACGGGAGAUGCAGAAGUUCAAGGUGAAGGUGUCGUCGCGAUUGAUUUCAUUGGCAGAUGCAUGGCAUACGGCAAAUGUUGUUCGAACGCGUGAAAAGCUGACGUUCUUCUGCGGCGUGAUGUCUAUUCUUUUCACGGCACUGUUGUUUGGCAUGGCUCCUGAAUGGAUCCACAUUGCAUAUACUCUGCAGGCGGCAUAUUACCUCCCCAUGCGCGUGUUUAUAUACAAGAGACGCGCAUGGCAUUACUUUCUGUUCGACUUGUGCUAUUAUGCCAACAUUCUCAACUUCCUCUACAUCUGGCUGGUCCCGUCCAGUUCCGCACUCUUCGUCGCGUGCUAUUGUUUGUCGCAUGGCUCCCUGGCUUCCGCUGUCAUAACUUGGAGGAAUAGCCUCGUAUUUCACGACUUCGAUAAAGUGACGUCGUUAUUCAUACACGUCUACCCUCCGCUUACAUUUACAGUCAUUCGGCACUUCUAUCCUAACGCUGAACAGCGCUUCCCUGCGUUGGCGGAACUGCCCCAUUUAGAGCCAAUCAAAGCGCUGUUAUUGAGCGGAGCCAUCUAUUUGAUAUGGCAAACACUCUAUUGGAAGUUCGUCUUCAUCGACCGCCGAACCAAAAUUGAAUCGGGGCAGCGUAUGACAUCGCUUUCGUUCCUGUUGAACGACAAGAGAGGUGUCAUUGGACGAGCGUUGUCGAAAGUUCCACGACAGUAUCGGGAGACCGUGUUUAUGAUAGGACAGCUUGUAUACUCCGUCCUGACUGAAUUGCCGGCCGUUUUCCUCCUUUAUGACAGCUCUCUCUGGAGUGGGGUGUUCCUUAUUUUCAUCUUCGCCGUCAGCGUGUGGAACGGAGGAGGGUUCUACAUUGAGGUAUUCGGGCGAAAGUUUGAACGAGAAUUGGAGGCCUUGCGUAAAGAGCUUGCAGAGGCCACUUCUCGCUCACAAGGCUCAAGUCCUAUACUUGACCCCCAGAGUGACGAUGACUUAUCCACUGUUGCUGGCUCGCCUGAUAUUGUUGCGAAAACUCUUUCACCUGAUAUCUCAGCCACUGACUUGCCCCUUGAUACGCCUCUAUCGUCCAAUUAA